CUCCCCUGAGCGACGUCAAUAAGAACAUGGCUCGAUAAAACUCGAAAGAAAAGGCGAUAAAUAUGGAAUUUGUACCAACAAUUUGAUGAAGUUAUAUGCAAAACCAGUGUGGUUAUCGCAAUCGAAAGUCCCUCCCUCUCACCUCUCGCCGCUGGACCCAAGCCACUGCACCGAUAGCGCCGAUUUGGAGCACCCUUGUCUAGGCAUGUUUCAGAUGGGAAAUACAGGUCAGUGACGGUUCCUGACACAAGUACAGAGUGUCAGGAAUUCAGUCGGCUACCUGUCGUUCACGACCCAAGUUCCCUACGAUCCAACCCGGAGUGUCUCUGUAAUGUCUGCCGCUUCUCUGCGCUACCACAACAAGGUGGCCGUGGUCACUGGAGGCUCCAAGGGGAUUGGAAGAGGAAUAGUCAAAGUGUUUGUGGAAAACGGUGCUAAAGUAGUGUUCUGCGCCAGAGGAGUUGUCGCAGGUGAGGCUCUUGAAGAAGAACUCAACAAGGCGGGCCCGGGGUCCUGCAAGUUUAUGACCUGCGAUGUGUCCAAAGAGGAAGACCUCAAGAGACUCAUUGAGGCCACGGUGCAGCUCUACGGACAGCUGGACUGCCUGGUGAACAACGCUGGGUGGCACCCUCCUCAUAAAGAGACAGAUGAGACUUCAGCAGAAGAGUUUAAAGACCUUCUGAAUCUCAAUCUAAUCAGCUACUUCCUCGCCUCCAAAUUUGCUUUACCACACCUGCGUAAAACUGAAGGAAACAUCAUUAACAUUUCCAGCCUAGUUGCCAGUCUCGGUCAGGUCGGAGCUGUGCCCUAUGUCGCCACGAAGGGGGCGAUCAUCUCCAUGACGAAAGCCAUGGCGGUGGAUGAGAGUCGCUUCAAAGUGCGUGUGAACUGCAUCUCUCCCGGUAACGUUCUGACGCCUCUGUGGGAGGAGUUGGCCGAUCAGACCCCAGACGCCGCCGCCGCCCUCAAAGCUGGAGCUGACUGUCAGCUGAUUGGCCGCAUGGGCACGGAGGAGGAGAGCGGGCUGAUGGCGCUGUUCCUGGCGGCCGACGCCACCUUCUGCACCGGGGUGGACCUGCCGCUCAGCGGGGGGGCGGAGCUAAACUACGGCUUCAAGAACCGCCUCCCCUGAGGUAGACGACGGUCGGCUCGUUAACGUAACGAGGGAACACGACGUCUUUUACGCGUUUAAACUAUUAUCAUUGUUACGUUUCUUCUUCUCUAAGUCAGCGCUGGUCUUUGUUGCUAAAUGCAUUAAAAUAUGUUUGAUUAUUUUAUUUGUUAUUACUGAGUGAUUGUUUUAUAACUGAUUGUUGUGUGGUGUUUU